AUGGCAGCUCCCCGACUUUUCCGCCCAACAGCCCGUCUGUUUUCUUCGCGCCUUGCUUCCACCGCUCUGCGCUCCAACCUGCGCCAGUCUUCUUGCGCCCCGGCUCUGCGUCGCGGAUAUGCCACUGAGAACGGUACCAAGGAGGUGACCGUCCGUGAUGCCUUGAACGAGGCCCUGGCCGAGGAGUUGGAACUCAACCAAAAGACUUUCAUCCUUGGUGAGGAAGUCGCACAGUACAACGGAGCUUACAAGGUGACGAGGGGUCUUUUGGACCGUUUCGGCCCCAAGCGGGUUAUCGACACCCCCAUCACAGAGGCCGGUUUCACUGGUCUCGCCGUUGGUGCUGCUCUUGCUGGUCUGCACCCCAUUUGCGAGUUCAUGACCUUCAACUUCGCCAUGCAGUCCAUCGAUCAGAUCAUCAACUCCGCCGCCAAGACCCACUACAUGUCCGGUGGUAUCCAGCCUUGCAACAUCACCUUCCGUGGCCCCAACGGUUUCGCCGCCGGUGUCGCCGCUCAGCACUCCCAGGACUACUCCGCCUGGUACGGCAGCAUUCCCGGUCUCAAGGUCGUCUCUCCCUGGAGCUCCGAGGAUGCCAAGGGUCUGCUGAAGGCCGCUAUCCGUGACCCCAACCCCGUCGUCUUCCUCGAGAACGAGCUUAUGUACGGCCAGGCCUUCCCCAUGAGCGAAGCCGCCCAGAAGAACGACUUCGUCCUCCCUCUUGGUAAGGCCAAGAUCGAGCGCCCCGGAAAGGACCUGACCAUUGUCUCCCUCUCCCGCUGCGUCGGCCAGUCCAUGACCGCCGCCGCCGAGCUCAAGCAGAAGUACGGUGUCGACGCUGAGGUUAUCAACCUGCGCUCCGUCAAGCCCCUCGAUGUCGAGACCAUCAUUGCUUCUCUCAAGAAGACCGGCCGCAUCAUGGUCGUUGAGUCCGGCUACCCCAUGUUCGGUGUCUCCUCCGAGAUCCUCGCCCUCUCCAUGGAGUACGGCUUCGACUACCUGACCGCCCCCGGUGUCCGUGUCACUGGUGCUGAGGUUCCCACUCCUUACGCCGCCGGCCUCGAGGCUAUGGCCUUCCCCCAGGAGGACACCAUUGUCAGCCAGGCCGCCAAGCUGCUGCGCGUGUAA